AUGGUGGAGAGCUUACGGGUGGCCGAGCUGCGUUCCCUUCUCUCCGCUAUGGGAAAGGACAAGAAAGGGCUGAAGAAGGAUCUAGUGCAAAGAGUCACCGAGCUCCUCCAUAACAACUUCCAUCCAGAGCUUUUCUCUGCUAUCCAGGAGCUUUAUGACCAACGUCACUCCACUAGCAAUGCCAACAGCAGAUGCUCCCAGGUCAUCACCAUACCGACUGCUGUUGAGGUGGUGACAACUAUCCAAAGAAAUCCAAAGAAAUCCUGUGGGUUGGUGCAUAAACCUGAGGUUCACAUGAUCAAGCUUCCAUUCUAUCAAACUCUGGAGACCAUUGUUGCUCCAGUAUCACUAGUGCCCACAUUUGCAGUUAAGCAACAGAUCAACUCCAUCAUGUUUUGUCUGACUCCAAGACAAUCAGCUCAGAUUGAGAACUGUCAAAGGACCAAAGCUGGAGUGAAGACUGUUCAGUUAGUGCUCAGAAUUUGCUAUACAGAGAGUAUUGGUGUUGAAGAUGAUCAGUAUCCACCAAAUAUUGCUGUUGAUGUCAACGGCCAUGACUGUCCUGUACAGGCUCACUACUCUAAAAAAGGACAAGAGCCUUCUCAGCCUUGUCGCCCAAUCAAUCUCACACCAUUUGUGAAACGAAUCACUGAGAAUCAUAUUACUAUCUCCUGGGAGGACUGGAAGAACAAGUUUUAUUCUGUAGGUGUAUAUCUGGUGAAGGUCUUCUCACCAGAAGAUUUGCUGGCACAGCUCCAGAAAAGUGGAGUGGAGAGCGUGGAGUGCUGCAAACAAAAAAUUUGCCAGAAGUUGUGCUGUAAUCCUGAGAAUGAGAUCACCACUACAGGGCUGCAAGUGUCCCUUAUCUGUCCUCUGGCCAAAACGCGCAUGUCUACCCCCUGUCGAACGCAGACGUGUGCCCACCUGCAGUGUUUUGAUGCUGCCUUCUACCUGCAGAUGAAUGAGACAAAGCCAAGCUGGACUUGUCCUGUCUGCCAUAAGCCUGCCCUCUUUGACACUCUACAGAUCGAUGGUUUGCUGAGUGGCAUACUCCAGUGCGCAGACGAGGCCGUGAAGGAGAUUGAGUACCUGUCUAAUGGCUCUUGGAGAGCAGUGAGGAAGGAAAAGGAGUGCAGCAAAACCACAGACCUCUCUUCACUCAGCCACAAGAACAGUUCUGUGGUACAGGAUAUCGUGGAUCUAACGCAGUGCUCAUCCGACAGUGAUGAUGAUGGUGCAGCCAUACAGACAGAAGAGAUUGUUUUGACACAUGUAAAAAAAGAAAGUGUGCGCUUCUCCAAAGGCAACGUGCAUGUGAAGUGAUGAGUGAC